AUGGCUGACAUAUUCUUCAGAGUGCUAUUGGCUUGCGAAGACAGCAGCCCCGGCUCCGGCGCAGUGGAGACUUGCAUACGAAAGAUGCUAGAGACCAUCCAGCAGGCUCGCGAAGACGCUUCUUUCGACAUCUCAUGCAUUACUGUCACUGGGGCCGGCACGCAGACGUCCGAGGAUGCGGUCUCGAUGCUUGGCCGUCAAGGCGAUGCCGUACAGGGCGCCAUCUCCUAUGGCUCUUUAAAGUUUCAGGACCAAAUCAAGGGGAGUCGCCCUAACGUUCGGAUUCCUCAACUGAUUCCCAAAGGAAAAACAUCCUGUGAUGGACUGGCAGACCUCGACAUGACUGUAUUCUUCCUAGACGAUCUCCACGGUCUUUCUGAUGAGAGUGCCUUGAAAGCUUCCAAGGAUGACGUCAAGCAUCUGGUGUUGGCCAGCACUGCCGCUGUGCAACGAAGUGAACCAGCCGAUUGGUUCACCAUAAUCCGAGACGGCGACAUGAUUGAACCCUUUACGACCCAUUGUUACGAACUACUGCAACGGUCGAGCGGGCUUCCUGUGGAACCCAUCCGCCACAUGUCUAGCCAUCAAGCUCUCCAGGGCUUUGUCCAAGAUCCAGCCUCACUAAAUGAGCAAUUGUUACCGACAAAGUGA